AUGAUUUCGAGCUGUCCAGGUCAUUAAUUCUCGCAACAAAGCAUGAGCUAUCCUGCAGCGCGAGGUUGCCCAUCCACGCGCCCGAUUUACAGCUUAUAACUGUCAUAUCUUCCAUCAAGUGGAAAACAGCAUCACGUAUAGCCGACCGUGGAAAGACUUCCUCUGUGACAGACGCUGAUAUAGCUUUAUAUGUGGGCGCCAUUUGUAGGACCAUUCAGCAACCAUGAAGAUGACCGAGGUGAAAGAUUGCCCUCUGCAGUUUCAGGAGUUUGUUCCUGUUGACCACGAGAAAUCCUGUCCUAGAUAUACCACAGUAUUGCAGCGCGAUGACGACGACGGUAUCAUCAUAGACGAGUUGGACACUCUGCAACUUGAGCUGGAAACGUUGCUGGCGUCGGUGUCCAAACGCAUGCUGCAGCUGGAGACAGAGAACAAGACACUUAUCGACUGGUUGGAGAGACGAGACAAAAAGGGAGCCGCUACCCCCACACCGGCAAGUGGCAAAGGCAAACCUCAGAAAGAUGAGCCGACCACUCCGUCGGGGAAGAGAAGCCGGGUCGAGGAGAAACCAGACAAACCAGAGAAACCUCCCAAGAAGAUCAAGGAAUCGGGCGGCAAGCAGGGCGCGAUGGCAGCCACCGCAACAACGGUAACACCUGUCACGUCAGGACGACCCAAGGCAAAGAGUAUGCAUCAAAAGCUCCAGGAGUACGAAUUCACAGAUGAUCCCUUAGCUGAGCCACUGGCGCCCCGCAUCCCCCGCAAUGAUGCACCAGAUCGAUUCUGGACAUCGGUGGAGCCCUACUGCACGGACAUCACCAACGAAGAUGUAAAGGUGCUGGACGAUAUGCUGAAGACAUCAGACGACGACAUGGACUACUUCAAGAUCCCUCCCCUGGGGAAACACUACGCCCUGAGAUGGGCUCAGGAGGACUUACUGGAGGAGCAGAAAGAAGGAAGCAAAAUGGGUGACAAGAAGAAAGGUUCAGUAAACUCAGCAAACAGUAAAGAGACCAAGGCCCUCCUCAAGAAAGCAGAGAGUCGCGAGGAGGACAUCUGUCCAUUUGGACCACUCACACAGCGCCUGAUCUCAGCGUUAGUCGAGGAAAAUAUCAUGACACCGAUUGAGGACAUUAUCUCAGAGACGACCCCCAAGAUCAAUGAUCAGCAGACGUUGAUGCCAUCAUUUCAGAGUGAUGGUCCCGACAGCAAAGAUGGAAUAUCCCCCAAGAACGGCAAUCGAUUUACUGUCCCUCACACCAGGGCUUUGGAAGCCAGGCUUCGGGAAGAGCUGCUUCAUCUAGGUCUCCUAGACGCAGACGACCCAGUCACCGACGACACAGACGAUGAAAUCUUGGUAGAACUUCAGAAGAGGCAAGCCGAGUUGAGAGCCCUGUCAGCACACAAUCGCAGCCAGAAGAUGCGAUUAUAUCGACUGGCAAAGGAGGAGAUGAAAAGGCAGGAGGUCCGACAGAAACUCAGAGCUGCCGAUAACGAGGCAAUGGAUGCAUUCCGUCGCAUCAUGGCAGCCAAGCAGAAGAAACGCUCGCCCACUAAAAAGGAAAGGGACCAGGCCUGGAAGGUCAUCAAGGAGAGAGAGGCACUGGUGAAGCAGCUGGAAUCUAUGUGAGUCGAGGUACCAGACAAUGCGGCGUUGUAGCUCUUGGAUGGUCGGUACAGACUGUUUAUUGUCUGGAAUUAUGUGAAAGGACAGAGGACUGAUGUUUGAGUCUUAACAGGAACUGGCUCAAAGACUGACCAGAGCUGUAUAUAGAGUUGCGACAUGAGUGUCUCCGUUGUUGGAACCAAAAUGGUGGGCCAUGCAUCAGAGCACAUGGACAAUUAGCACACACACAGCCAUUACAUUUCCCAAAUGUGAAGUCGGCACCACAGCUCUGGACUGGACGGGUUAGAAAACAGUAUUAUACAUAGAAAAUAAACUCAAGGGUCAAAGGUCAAGCCUUUCACCAGCCUGUUCCAGAGAGGGCUUUUGAAAACGUAAAACUCGGUUAAGUUAGCAAAACCUCCUGGGUUAAAGUGCCGUCUCAGUAAGUUUGUAAAGUUGGGAAAUAUUUUUCAUUUGGAACCGGAAGCAGAAACCACUCGGAUGCAGUAUAAAUUGGUUGCAUUUUCGUUGAUAGGUUGGCCUCGUAGUAAUUCUUCAAAGUGCACCAGUAUUGUGAAUUUGUAAUAAAAUAAUAAAAACAGGCAUCUUAA